AUGACUAGUGAAUUCCAUGUUUUCCCAACGGAUCAGAAAAUAAUGGAAGUGUAUGUUGACAAUAUGCUGGUCAAAAGCAUCAAGGCCAAGGAUUACUGUCAGCACCUGACCGAGAUGUUUGAUAUACUGAGGAAGUAUGGAAUGAAGUUGAACCCAAGGAAAUGUGCUUUCGGGGUCAGCUCUGGAAGAUUCCUAGGUUACAUUGUGAACAACCGACGAAUCGAGGCAAAUCCUGAAAAAAUACAAGCUGUCAUCCAAAUGAGGCCUCCAACUAAACCUAAAGAGGUACAAAGUUUAACCAAAAGGAUUGCUAUCCUCAGCCGGUUCGUCUCCAAGUCUGCGGACCGACAUGCCAUUAGUGCGGUUCUAACUCAAGAAGAGAACGGUGUUCAACGCCCAAUCUAUUACGUAAGCAAGGCACUUUACGAAGCUGAACUUAGAUAUUCUCAAGUAGAGAAAUUGCCAUUCACCCUGCUGAUGGCCGCGCGAAAACUAAGGCCAUAUUUCUUGGAACAUCCCAUUGAGGUCCUUACCAACUCUCCAUUAAGGCAAACACUACAAAGACCCGACACUUUAGGUCGGAUGGUAAAAUGGGCAGUUGAGUUCGGACAAUUCGACAUCAAAUACAUGCCAUGUUCCUCCAUCAAGGACCAAGCUCUCGCCGACUUUGUCUCUGAGUUCUGCAACGUCCCAAUCGAAGAACUACAAAAAGAAACCCCAUGGAGACUUUAUGUCCACGAUUCAUCCACCGGAGAACGAUCUGGGGCAGGCGUUGUAUUAAUCAGCCCUGAACAUCGCAUAUUCUGCGAAGCCUUUCCAUUUGACUUUAAAGCCUCAAACAAUAAGGUAGAGUACGAAACUCUCAUUGCCGGCAAAAGGAUGGCCUCAGGGUUGGGGAUCUCCGAUAUGAUCAUACACAGCGACUCUCCACUAGUCGUAAAUCAGGUCAACGGUGUGUAUAUGGCGAAAGAAGAAAGAAUGGACAACUAUCUACAAGUUGUAAGAAAAAAACUUGAAGGGUUCAACACCACCAAAGUCAAGCAAAUUCCCCGAUCACAGAACGGUCACACUAAUACACUGGCCCGGCUAACCACCAGUGAGGGAAUUGAAGAAUUUGAUAGCUUCCCCAUGGGAAGAAUAUCCCUAACGUCUAUCGAGCUAGAUGAAGUGGUCCAUAUGAUGAUCUACCCUAAACCAACCUGGCAGGAUGAGAUCGUCACCUACCUAAAAAUCGGGAAAUGUCCCAAAAAUUUUGCAAAGGCUAAAAAGCUUCGAAUCAGAUCGGCCAGGUAUACACUCAUUGACGAUGUUCUAUACAAACGUGGAUAUUCUACACCUUUGUUAAGGUGUUUAAACGAAAAAGAAGCUCAGCAUGCCCUGCAAGACCUUCACGAAGGAAUAUGUGGAAACCAUUCAAAAGGGCUCUCACUAGCCCACAAGAUCAUAUGA